AUGUCAAUAAAUAAUUUAAGUUGGGAAUAAGUAGAAAAUCCUUCUAAAACAAAAUUUAAACAACUUUAUUUAAAUAAAUAUAGAAUUAAACUAGGUUUAUUUUCAAAUCAUAAAGAAUAAUUGCCAAAAUCAGUAUCUACAUUAAUUAAUAUUUAGAAACCCAAACAUAGAAAUAUUUCAAUUAAAGAAUUAGAUCAUCUCAUUAAACCAGAAAUGAUAAAAGCUAAAAUGAUGCCAGAUAAUUAAAAGGUACUCACAGCCUAACUAUUAAACAAAAUUACAUAAAAAUAAUUAGAAUAAGAAUAUUUUUGUCAAUUUCCUGAGAUUGCGUAAAAAAAAGAAACAAAAAAAAAAAGAUCUAAAACUGAGCAACAUCAGAACAAUUAAUAUAAUAAAUUACAAAAAACUUUUGCUAGAACUGCUUAUUUGAUUGUAAUAUGA